AUGUUUCCCGGUAUACAUGAACGUCAUUCUUAUUCUUGUAAUACAGAAGCAGAUUGUAAUGGCGGAUUAAAUGUUGUAUGUGAUUAUUUAACUGAUGAUUCUCAAUAUAAAGUAUGCAAAUGUAAAGAUGGAACAUUAUUAGAUCCCAGAACACAAACAUGCACUGCAAGCCGAUGUCCAACAAAUUGUCAAACGAAUCUUAAUUUUGAAUGUCGUGGUUAUGAAUGUGUAUGUAGAAAUGGAUAUUAUCCAAGUGGUUCUACAUGUGUUAGAAUUCCAUACCAACUUCAACUAAAUCAACCAUGUAAUCAAUCAGCUCUUUGGCAAUAUGUUCUUGCUACUUCUAAUAAUUCACUUCAAUGUGAUGCAACAUGUGAUCGUGGUCGAUGUCAACUUGGUUAUCGACCUGAACAAUCUCAGUGUGUUCGAUCUCAAUUGGAAAAUGAAAGAUGUGUAUAUAAAGAAAAUAUUUGUCAAUAUAUCGAUAUAAAUUCAAUAUGUAAUAGAGAUGAAAAUAAAUGUUUGUGUCAACCAUCAUAUUAUUUAGUAAAUAAUAGAUGUGUUCGAGAAGCUGGUUCUGUAUGUCAAAAUGAUGACGAAUGUGGCUUGAAUAUGGCAUGCUUAGAGAACAAAUGUCAAUGCCUUAAUGGAUUACACAUGCAAACAACAUAUGAUGUAGAUAAUCAACCAAUACAAAUCUGUGUUAAUGGUAAAAUAUUAUUUUCAAUGUAA